AUGGCGAAACACAAUGCCGGACGCCUUGUUGCCAUAUUGCUGUCUGUUGUGCUUUAUGGCAUCAGUUUGGUGUUCAAUGGUCUUGCUGCUUUGGGAAUAGGCCCCUUCAGUACCUCUACAGGUAACGUGUCCGACGUAUUUGUGACGGAGAUUACCCCAUCGGGAUGGACCUUCAGCAUCUGGAGCGUCAUUUACGUGUGGUUGACACUCAUGAUGAUCUACAUUCUGGCUAACAUUUGCAGAAGGUGGAUGAUUUCUGCGCUCGUUUUCCUAAUUCUGGUUGCCAGCACAAACUAUGGUAUGGUAUUUUUCAUCUGCCAUGGUCUUCACGUUUACGGCGCCUGGCUCAAUAAAUACCACAAGGUGGACCUAUGGCUCAUUCGCAUUGUGGUUCAGAACGGUGUGAUGAUCUACACAACAUGGACAACCAUUGCCACGCUCAUCAACUUGACCAUUGUGCUGACUUACGAAGCCAACCUUUCCGCAACAGAUGCGGCCACCGUGUCCUAUUGUAUGUUAGCAGUCGUGCUUCUUCUUUGGUUUUUCCUGCAAAACGUAGUACUGGACAAGCACGUGCGCUACAUCCUCAUUGACUACCCGGUUGUGAUCUGGGCGCUGUCAGGAAACUUUGAUAAAAACUACAAUGCUGAAUCGCCCAGCCGUAGCGGCAUCUUCAUUGUGGUUCUGCUCGCUGCGUCGUCGUUGCUGUACGUCGUCCGCCUUGUCCUGGUCUUUUGGCGCCACUACAAGCAGCCGCUAUACAGAGGGAUCAGCCCGGACACUAUGGAGCCAUUGGAGAUGGCCAAGAAGCAGAAAAUGGUACUCAGAUGA